GUGUCCCAGUCCCACCCGGCCCGAGAUCCCCCAAUUUCCCCAACCCCCGAAACCCAAACAGCGCAAUCCCAAACCCAAACCUAAGCCCAGACCGAGAGACCCCGCACCCAAAUCUAGGGUUUCGCUUCCCCGCCGCAGGAUGGCUGCCCCCGCCGCCGCUGGCUCCGGCGCCGUCGUGCCCGCUGGUGACGGCGAGGGUUGGACCCCCAGUUUCGGCGACAUGGUCUGGGGCAAGGUGAAGUCGCAUCCGUGGUGGCCGGGCCACGUCUACAGCCUCACCCUCUCCGACGAUCCGGAGGUGCAUCGCGGCCACCGCCAUGGCCUCGUCCUCGUCGCCUUCUUCGGCGACGGCAGCUACGGUUGGUUCGAGCCGCAUGAGCUCGUCCGCUUCGAGGACCACUUCGUUGAGAAGACCUCGCAGGGGGGCAGUCGCACCUUCCCCGCCGCCGUCGCCGAGUCCCUCGACGAGAUCUCGCGCCGCAGCGCGCUCGCGCUCCUCUGCCCCUGCCGCGGACCCGACACCUUCCGCCCCCACAACGAGGAUCGAAGGUUCCUCCUGGUGAACGUGCCCGGGUUCGACAGCAACGCCGAGUACCUCCACGAACAGGUGACGGCCGCGCGGGAGCGGUUCGUCCCGCAGAAGAUGUUUGACUUCCUGCAGAACGCUGCCGUGCAGCAGCGGGACGCGGCGGAGACGGCCGCACGGACCUUGCCUGGGAUCGAGAUGGCAGCGAUGCUCAUGGCGUACCGACGGUCUAGGUACGAGAGGUACGACCUCACCUAUGCCGAAUCAUUUGGGGUGGAUUCGAAGAAGGCCCUUGAAGGCGAGGUCAAGGCUGAGAAUGAACGGUCUCAACGAGCUCGGCCGCUCAAGGGUCGGCAGAAGGUGCCGGAGAAGGAGAACGCCCCGGCGAGGGGCCGGAGGGGCGCCGCCGGCGCGGCCGCGAGGCUCAUGGAGAAGAUCAUGCCCGGCGCGCCGGCAAUGAAGCCCAAGGCCAGCAAGAAGGACCAGUACCUGCUCAAGCGUCGGGAAGACGCGCGCGCGCCAGCGCUGCCGCCAGCCGCGCUCCCGGACGCGGCUCCCGCCCCGGACGACGGUGGCCCGCCUGGCUUCCCCCCGGCAGAACCGCAGACGCCGCCGUUGCCCAGCAGCACCGGAGGUGGCGACGAGGAGGAGUUUAUGCUGCAGAGACGCGCGCUCCCUCCCGCCGACCAGGCGAGCGACGGCGGCGCAACCGCGGACGACGCCGCCGCCGCCACUGCGCCCAAGAAGGUGGCCAAGCCCAAGAAGGCCCGCAAGCGCGAGAGGGAGGAGCCAGCCGAAGACGUGGCCGCCGCCGACGGCGAGCCCAAGAAGAAGAAGAAAAAGAAGAAGCUCGCUGAACUCAACGGCGGCCUGCCCUCUGCCGCCCCCUCCGUCGACGGCGGCGGCGCUACAAAGCCCGCAGCUUUCUCGCCCCCCAAGGUCGACCUUGACGGCUUAGAUCUGACACAGGUAAUAUCCGACCUUCAAAACCUUCCGCUGCUUCCCUUCUACGGCGCCGGCAGACGCAUCUCUGACGCCUCUCACUCCUUCAUCCUGGCGUUCCGCUCGAAACACUACAAAAAGAGCUAUGAGAACGAUCCGCCGGAAGAGUCUAAGAAGGGCAUGGAUAAUAAGCCCACUGUCGUUGCUGCCGCCGCCGCCGCCGUCUCUGACGGCCAGCCCCCCAAACCGUUGAAGAAGAAGCCGGUCAUGAGGCCCAGCGACCCCACCAGUGCUGGCGUGAAGCGCCCGCCGUCUGACCGCCAGGAGGAGAUUGCCUCCAAGAAGAAAAUCAAGCUGGACAAGAUUAAAACACUGGCCGCCGACAAGAAGGCCGGGCUGGAGCAGAAAGUCCCUGCCGCCACCGCAGCUGCGGGAGGCGGGACGACGGCGGCGGCUCAGCUGCCGCGGGCUGGCAUGAAGGAAAAGGCUCUGGCGGCAGCCAAGAAGAAGGUGCCAGCGGCGGCGCCUGUGAAGAGGACGCCGUCGCCGACGGCGCUGAUGAUGAAGUUCCCGCUGAAGAGCACGCUGCCGUCGGUGGCCUCCCUCAAGGCGAGGUUCGCGCGCUUCGGGCCGCUCGACAUCAACGGCAUCCGCGUGUACUGGAAGUCCAACAUGUGCCGGGUCAUCUACAAGUUCCAGUCCGACGCGGAGGCCGCGCUCAAGUACGCCAAGGCCAACGCCAUGUUCGGCCAGCUGGCCCCCAACUACUACCUGCGCGGCGUCGAGGGAGGGUCGGCCGGCGCCGACCCAGGGCCUGAGCCGGCCCCUCCGCAGCGCUCUGAGCUGCGGCUCAUGGAGACCACGCCGUUCAGGCCUGGGAGCUCCGGCAAUGGCGCUCCGCUGACGCUGUCCAAGGCGGUGCCGGCGCGCAUGUCCGUUGGGCUGCCCAAGUCAAUCCUGAAGAAGAGCAACGACGAGGGAGGGCUGGCUGCGGCCAGCGCGCUCCGGGACUCCCCUCGGGUGAAGUUCGUGCUGGACGGUGGGGACAGCAUGCUGGAGCCACCUCCAUUGCCAGCGAGCUUCGACGGGAACAAUGGCCCGGACACUGCUGCACCAGUGAGCAAGGUCGCGAGGUCGCUCGGCUUCGCGCAGCCGCCUCUGCAGCCGCCGGCCCGCCCUGCGCAGCCCAACCUGCAGCCACUCAUGCGCCCACAGCACCAGCAACUGCAGCCGCCACGCGCACCGGAUUCACAGCCACUCCCACCACCGCCGCCGCUGCCAUACCAGCCUCGCAUCAACGAGCCAUCGUCGUACCAGCCCCGUAUCAGCGAGCCAUCGCCGUACCAGUCUCGCGUCAACGAGCCACAGCUGUACCAGCCUCGUCGCACGGACGCGCCGCCAAUGUUCAACAUGCAGCCGCCGUACCAGCCUCGCCAGAGUGACGCGCUGCCGUCCUUCAACAUGCAGCCACCGUACCAGCCUCGCCACAGCGACGGGCCGCUCGCGCUCCCUGGACAGCCGCCGCUGCCGCCGUACCCUCCUCGUGCCGGUUUCCCCGGACAGCAGUACUCUUCCCGCUCUGACGACAUGCCGCCGGCUCACUUCGACAACAACGCCAUGCCGGUGUGGAAGAGGGGGGAGAAGGAGUUCAACGAGGAGCUGAUGAGGGUGAUGCUGGGGAUCGCCAAGCUGGUGGAGCCAUUGAUGGACAAGAACGGCAACUUCCCCUACCACCUCUUCAGCCGGUCAGCAUGAGCCGCGGCAGCAGCAGCUCCAGGGCAGAGCUCGCUGCGUUGUAUCUGACUGCUGGGUCCCUGUGGCGCCGGCAGUACCGCAAGUGCGGUUAGUAGUGCUAGUGACUUUGCCUCUCGAGAGAAGGACAACCAAGAUGAUGCAUCUCCUGUCAUGUAGUACUAGUGUAUAAUUACCUCUUGUUUUCUGUUUUGUCAGAGCAUGUAUGAACUCUCUCGAUUCUAGUCGUCAUCAGACUGUCAAUUAAGAUGUGGUUAAGGACACCAAA